AUGCGAUGGUUUUGUGUGAUAGCAGUGGUUCAUUUGGCCAAUGCUUCAACGUCGGUGGAUCCACAAGUGACCACGCCAUCGACAUGCACAUGGCCGUCAUGCAUGCCACACUGCAUCCCAUGCAAGGCACGCGAGGUUGGAACUUGCUAUUUUGCUGGAAUUUUCGGUGACUUGGGCAAUUGUGACCCGCAAAAAGGACCCACGGACUGCAUGUUGGGCAAGUGCUUGUGCAAAGAUGGUUAUUGUGCUCAUGGCGAUAUGUGCAAGCCGCAGGUUUGUUUCGCAGGCGCCGAACCGCCGCGAUUCAGACCGGGUCGAUGGCUUGCGUUCUUCAGUGGGAUGAGCGACCUGGAACGGUUUCCGGAAUAUGAUGAGUUGCAGAGGGACUACAUCCACCUCAUCAAGAGGAUUGCUCCCGUGCCCGUGCUUUUCCUACUGUUGGGCAUCGUUGUGUCCAUCACGACGUGUGCUUGUUUAUUUUGUGGAGGUAGUGGCUACCACUACAGCAUGGACUUCGCAGACAUGAAUCAUGAUGACGUCAAAGGGUUUGUCUCAGGCAAAACUGGUCACACCGUAGUCGGAGAUGAGGAGUUUGCCAAACGUGCAUGGAAGCAAAGACCAUCGUGUUUGCCCAUGUUUUGCGUUGCGCUGCUGAUUAUACUGUUGUGCCUAUUUGGUGGGAUCACCCGGAUCGUCAACAGUGCUUGGACGGAAUACAUAAUCCUCUCAUCUCUGGACAGAGCGCAGGACAACGCAAUCGAGAUCGCCAAUGCAAGUAUGACAAUCAAUGACACAGUCACACACUUGCACGAUAGCUUAUUGGAGAUUCCGAUGACUUGCAAGACGGACAGCAAGGCCGCCAAACAAGUCCUCUAUACUUUCGUGCACAAAGCGCUUGGUGCUAUUGAACAAUAUGUCGAGCAAGUGUACUUCAUAGUCGGGACAAUUCAACCCAUUCCUGAGCAAAUCGGGAAGUUCCAGGACUUAACGCACCGCCUGAAACCCUGGUUUACAAAACUCCCACUCGCUCCGCUCUGGCUUGUGGCGCUGAUUUGCCUUGGUAUCGUCAUCGAAGCGACGUGUACCACUUGUUGCAGAAGUAGCUCCAUGGCCAAGUGCGUGGAUUUGGGUCUGAAGUUAUCGGCCCUGUUGUUUGGGCUCAUCGUGAUGGUCGUGGCAGUGUUGGUUUUCGUGGAGACAAGCAUUCUCAUAGUACUUAGCAAAUUCUGCGAGGAUGUGGACCACAAUGUCUUGGCUUAUGUCAAUGCUACAACGACCAACAUCUCUUACAUCAUUCCAGAAAUUGCCAACUACUACAUCCGUGGUGGCUCUGCGAACCCCAUCGAUGAGUAUGACACCCUGGCGAUGAAGUACAUUAACCAGAUUCAGGACUACUACAAUCAGGCAUCCAUCGGUGUUGCGGCCUUGGGCAUGGCUUGCCCGGCUUUCUUCGCCUUGGACGUGAAUCAAAUUGCAAAAGAUGCUCGACACAUCUUGGAGAGGGCCAGGGGGCUGCUGAAGGGUGAGAACAUCUACCCCUACUACAGGAAGGUCAUUCGCACGGGAAUUUGUGGCGUUGUCAUCAGUGGUGUGGGGUGGAUGUGGCUCCUGCAAGUACUUGUCGGACUGUUACUGUUUCCAUUGUGUGCCAUAUUUACCCACAAAUUUCUCGUGGAUUGGGCAGCCUGGCAGAAGGUCAAAGAGGCCCGACGUGCCAAGAAAAUGAGCGGUCAAUAUGUUCAGUCGGAUGACAGCAGUGACUCCGAUGGUGCCAGCAUAGUGAGUGAGACGACAUCCGUGUCAGAAAGGAGCCCCAUGAUGGGAAAAGAGUUCUUACCAGCAGGGCCCUAA